GCCCAGCCAUUUGGGCCUGAAGACCCCAAGGCCUGAGCCCCCACGGACCCCUCAAAUCCCUGGCACCCUUGCCCAUCACACAGGCCCACAAUUGGGCCCGUGCGCACGUUCGCCCAGCACCCCUGGAGCGAGGGCUCCCUGCCCAGCCGUGGCCCCCGUCGAGGGGACCCAGGAGGUAGAGGCUCCCCGUUCCCGGCGUCUCCGCUGAGCCCGUCCGUUCUGUGCCCGCAGGUGGCCCCGGGCCCCCUUCCCUGCCCCGGCCAUGCGGUGAGCCCUGGCCCAGCGCCACCAUGGAGCCCGGGAGCCUGUCGCCCGUCCAGCUGUGGUGCCCGCGGCCCUUCGGCACCUCCUCGCAGAACCAGCCCCGGCCCCCGGCCCGCAAGCCCCCGGCCUGCCCGGACGGGGGAGGGCCCGCCUGCUCGGAGAACACCCCGCCGGCGCCCGACACCGCCGCCUCGCCCCCGCCGCCCGCGCCCCCGCUGCUGGCCACGGCCCCCGGCGAGGAGGGGCCCGUGCUGCUGGACACGUGGUACGUCAUCAAGCCCGGCAACACCAAGGAGAAGGUGGCGUUCUUCGUGGCUCACCAGUGCGGGGCCGGGAGGGUCAGCGCCAUGAAGGUCAAGGGUCACUGGGGCAGCGACAGCUCCCAGGCCAAGCGGCGCCGGCGCAGCCACGACCCGGCCAAGGCCCGGCCCGAGCCCGGCCGGCCGGAGCCCGGGCAGCCGCCGCCGGGGUCGGUGCCCGGCGAGGAUCCCGACUUGCUGUCCGUGGCCGAGAUGGUGGCCCUGGUGGAGCAGCGGACGGCCCUGGCCCUCCAGGCCUCCUACCCCCGCGGCGGCGCGCCCCCCGCCCCCGUGGUGUUCGUGUCGGCCGAGCGGGCCGGGGGCCUGGGGGGCCCGGGCGCGCCCGAGGGGGCCGAGCGGCGGCCCGGGGACUGCAGCCGGGUGGCAGAGGCCGUGGCCCAGUUCGAGGCCUGGCGGGAGGUGGGGGAGCGCAAGGACGAGAAGGGCGGGGCGGGGGCCGGGGCCGCGGGUGAGGUGCGCAUCGCCUUCCGCAUCUCCAGCGGCCGGGACUCCCGCUCGUCGCCCCCCGGGGAGGGCGGGGGGGCCGGUGGCGGCCGCCAGGGCUGCGCGCUCCCCGGGGGGCCGGGGGGCCCGGACAAGAUCACGUGCGACCUGUACCAGCUCAUCAGCCCCUCGCGGGACGCCCUGCCCACCAACGUGGAGUACCUGCUGGCCCGGGCCGACGGGCCCGGCGAGCCGGGGAGCGGCGGCGGGGAGCCCGGGGCCCCGCCGCCGCCGGCCCCGCCGGCCCGGGACUCGGCGCCCCCGGCCGCCGCCCCCGCGGCCGGGGCCGGCUUCCACGUGGACGUGGUGGUGACCGGCGUGGUGGACCAGUGCGUCUUCCUGGGCCAGGACGGGGCCAAGAACGUGCAGGAGGAGACGGUGCGGCUGGGCGGCACCCCCGUCCCCGAGGAGCCCCCGCCCCCCGGCCAGCUCUUCCUCCUGCCCCGGGGGCCCGACGAGCCGCCGGCCCCGGCCCCGGCCCCGGAGGCGGCCCCGGCCCCCGGCCGGGCCGGGGGCGAGGCGGAAGCGGGGGACCCGGCCCUGUGCCGCCUCUACCGCCACGUCUCCCACGACUUCCUGGAGAUCCGCUUCAAGAUCCAGCGGCUGCUGGAGCCGCGCCAGUAUCUGCUGCAGCUGCCGGACCACGUGCUGGUCCGCAUCUUCAGCUGCCUGCCCACCCGGGCCCUGGCCGCCCUCAAGUGCACCUGCCACUACUUCAAGUGCGUCAUCGAGACGUUCGGCGUGCGGGCCGCCGACUCGCGCUGGAGCCGGGACCCCCUGUACCGCGAGGACCCCUGCAAGCAGUGCAAGAAGCGCUACGCCCGCGGCGACGUGUCGCUGUGCCGCUGGCACCCCAAGCCCUACCACCACGACCUGCCUUACGGACGCUCCUACUGGAUGUGCUGCCGCCGGCCCGACCGCGAGGCGCCCGGCUGCCGCGUCGGUCUGCACGACAACAACUGGGUCCUGCCCUGCCGCCCGCCGGCCCCCGAGCGGGGCCGCCGGGAAGACGGCAGGUGAGGGGCCCCCGGCCUUGGGGGGGGGCCCGACUGAGCCACCCCCUCCCCUCUCCGCGAGUCCGGCCUCACCGACCGGGGCGGGGAGCCCCCGGGACCGGUUCCCCCCCCCACCACCCCGACAGCCCCUCCCGAGCCGCGGCCCCAGGGCGACCGCAGCUCGGGGGGGCGACACGGGCCGCCUGGGGCCGCGGGGUGGAGCGGUCCGGUCAUCGACCGUUCCUCGACGAUCCCGCGGUGCCCCGUCCCUCCGGAGUCCCGGGUCGGACCUCCACCCCAGACCUUGCUCCUGAAUCCUACCAGCAGCGAGCAGAUGGCAGCUAACACGGGCACCGAAGCAGGGUCCUUCGACACCGCCUUUCCUCCCACCCAUCCAGUCCUCCGUCGAGGUCCCGCGGCCUCCCGGUAGCCACCCCUCUUCCUCCUCCCCCCCGAGGAGUCGCCAGCAGGGUC